CUGCCGGCUCGAGGAAAGAUGGUGAAGCUCUUCUGUGCGAUCGUUGGUGCGGCGGGCAGUGCGUUUCCUGUGGACAUUGACGCGGGUCAGUCGGUGGGAGACCUGAAGGACGCGAUCAAGGCGGAGAAGAUGUACCAGUUCCCUGCUGACGAGCUGCAGCUCUUCCUGGCGAAGACGGAGGGCGGCGCGUGGCUCGUGUCCGACUCAGAAGAUGUGAAGAAGCUGAAGAAGGGCGAGAAGACUGUCGCAGUUGAGGCUUUAACAAGCGAAGAGAAGGAGCUACAGGGGGAGUCUGGCCUGCAGAAAGUGUUGAAGGGCAUGCAGAAGCCACCAACGGACCAGAUUCACGUGCUGGUGGUGGUUCCGGAGCAAGAACACGCACAAACUGGAUUGUGGCUUGUCACUGGAUCCGUUGGCAACGCGCUGAACACGAAAGGGAUUCGCUGCAAACUGUACUGGAUGGCGACGUUACGCAUUGGAUACUACGAUCCUACGCGCUGCAUCGGCAACAAGAAUGUCGCGUUUUGGUAUGAAGACAAGAAAUUGUGUUUUCAUGUUUUAUUCGAGACAAAAAAUGCUGCUUUGCUGUUCGAAACUGACUUAAGGACUGGGCCACAAACGCUGGGCUCUCCGUUAACUAACCAGGUUGUUGAGACGCGUGUUGCACCAGCUAACGCUGUGUCUACUGAUCUCCAGCGCGUC